AUGGAGCAACUUCAAGAGAACCAAGUUGUCCUUCAGGAAGAAGUAUCCCAAAUGCGGUCCCAAAUGCGGCAAUUGAUGGAAACUAUUCAAGCAGUCGCAAGAGGCCAGGAGGUUAUGGCAAAAAUGCAAGAAGAAAUGAAUCAACGUGCCAGUACUACCAAUCCUCCUACCCCUCAAACGGUCGAGAAUCCGACUCCAGUUCCUCAAGCUGAUCCUCCAAUUAACAUUAAUGCACCCGUCAGUGUUCCAAACGACAAUCCUCGUCCUCAUGCUCUUGAGACAGACAACCAACUUGAUGCAUUCUUCAGCCCAAGGAACGCUUCUCAGGAUGACGCCUUCGGUUCCGCAACCAACAAGGUGGAGAGGAAGGUAAAGGCUAUCGAGGAAAAGCUCAAGGCAAUGGGGAGCACUGACAUUUUGGGCCUCGAUGCGGCAGAAAUGAGCUUAGUACCUGGGGUCAUCAUUCCGGCCAAGUUCAAAGUUCCGGACUUUGAAAAAUAUAAGGGAAAUAGCGACCCUAGGACACACAUUAGGGCAUACUGCCGAAAGAUGGCUGCCUAUUCCAGCGAUGAUCAACUUCUAAUGCAUUUUUUCCAGGAUUCCCUCAGUGGGGCAUCUUUGGAUUGGUACAUGCAACUCGAGGGCAACCAUAUUCACACCUGGAGGGAAAUGGCUGAGGCAUUCCUCAAGCACUAUCAGUACAACACUGAUAUGGCACCUAAUCGCACGCAGUUGCAAAAUUUGACUCAGAGGUCUGAGGAGUCCUUCAAAGAGUAUGCCCAGCGGUGGAGGGAAUUAGCUGCUAGGGUACAACCCCCAUUGCUAGAAAGAGAACUGGUAGACAUGUUUAUGGGAAACUUGCAAGGUCCAUACCUUGAUAGAAUGGUAGGGAGUACCUCUUCAGGCUUUUCCGACCUGGUCUUAGCCGGUGAAAGGAUAGAAAAUAUGAUUAAAAUGGGAAAGAUCCAGAACUCUGCCAGUACUUCUAGUGCAUCAAAGAAACCUUUUGUUCCCUAUGGUAAAAAACGAGAAGGUGAGACCAAUGCUGCCUCCAUCAUUCGAACAAGAAAUCCCACUUAUCCACAAGUAGCUGCCAUAGCUCCCGUCCAACCAAGUCAACAACAACCAUUGGCAAUUCCUGUUCAAACUCAACAACAACAACCGGAGUUAGAACCCCCACCAGCGGUUCUUCCUCCCGGUUAUGAUGCAAAUGCCCAUUGUGAAUUUCAUUCUGGCGCUCCCGGGCAUUCGAUCGAGAAUUGUAAAGCAUUAAAGUACAAGGUUCAAGAUCUUAUUGACUCUAAGGCAAUCACGUUUGCCCCUAAGAGGCCGAAUGUGAAUAAUAACCCGAUGCCCCCUCACAAUAAUGCAUCGGUGAAUAUGAUGGAAGCUGACAAUGGGAGGAGAUUGAUGUCCUGUGUGGACGAGUUAAAAACACCACUCAUCGAGAUCAAGAAUGCUUUGAUGAAGAAUAAUACAUUUCCCAUCUGUGGUAAUGACUGUGAACAUUGUCUGAUUAACCCGCAACAAUGUAGAACAUUGAAGUCUGUCAUACAACAAUUAAUGAACCAAGGGAUCUUGGUGGUAGACUGCCCAUCCACAAACGAAGAUGUGUCUACCCUCGAGAUACCAUACAACGAAGUCCCUCCUCUGCAAAUUCCAUAUGAAUUCUCUCAGUUAACUCUGUCGACAAAUCCUAUUACUCCAAUCAUAAUAACAGUUCCCACACCAUUCCCAUAUGUUGACACCAAGGCAGUCCCUUGGAUGUAUGACACCUCAGUCUACAUUCAUGGUCAGAAGAUUCAAGAAGAACCCAUAAAGUCUAGUGACCCAAUGAUCAAUAUCACCGGCACUAGCGGAGUCACAAGAAGUGGAAGGAUAUUUGCACCGACACCCACUCCAAUUGGAACUAUCAAUCCUUCAACUUCAGACAAAGGCAAACAAAUUGAUGGCGCUCAACAAAGACAAGACCCCACACCUUCAAGUGAAGUAGACGAGUUCUUACGCAUCAUCAAGAAGAGCGAUUAUCGAGUAGUUGAUCAGCUUAACCAGACACCCUCUAAGAUCUCAAUGUUGUCUCUAUUGAUGUGCUCAGAGGCCCAUAGGGAGGCUUUGGUAAAGUUUCUAAGGACAGCUCACGUACCGCAAGAGAUAUCUGUUUGUCAGUUUGAAGGAGUAGUUAACAAUAUCGCUACUAGCUUAAGCUUAGUCCUAUCAAGAGUUUUGGUAGACACUGGGUCUUCCCUCAAUGUGAUGCCUAAGAGUUCCUUUGCUAAACUAACUAUUGAAGGACUCGUAAUGAAGCCGAGUGAGCUUAUAGUAAGAGCAUUUGAUGGGACUAGAAGGACUGUAAUCGCUGAUGAUAAGCUAGUUGUUGUCGAGGGUGAGGAGGACAUUAUGGUAAGUCACCUCGUAUCUUUCCGAUACGUUGAAGGAGAAGGGGAGAUAAGAGAAGUCCCAUUCCAAUCAUUCGAAGUUAUCAAUGUUGAAAUGGUUUGCCCAGCAAGGGAUGAAUCAAAAGAUGUCGAAUCUCCCAUGGCAUCUCUUAAAGACGCCCUGACAAUUAUAAAGGAUGGACACCCCCAAGGAUGGGGAAGAUCGCUUGAACUCCCUGCCAACAAGGACCGCACUGGUUUGGGAUACAACUCCCAGAAUUUGAAGAAGCCCGCGCCGAUAGCUACAAGGGGAUCAGUGCUCCCGCUGUCCGACAACUUCUCAAGUGCUGGUUACCUGGAUGACAAUCGUAUUUGUGCCGUGGAAGAAGAAGAAAAAGAAGAAGAAGAAGAUGAUGGCCUGAUCUUCACAAAGACUGAUGGAAAUGGUGCCACCAAAUGGACCGAGUUUGAAAUACCUAAAGUGACCUUGAUCGAAAUAUCAUCCUCGACAACCAUCAAUGACGAUUCUGCUACAGUCUCAUACGACUUUGACAACCCGAUUAAUCAAGCUGAUGAAGAGUGUGAGGAAGAGGCCGAACUCCCAGAAGAAUUGGCAAGGCUGCUCAAGCAAGAGGAAAAAGUCAUCCAGCCGCACGAAGAAUCAGUGGAAGUGAUUAACCUUGGGACAGAUGAGGAAGCGAAAGAAGUCUGA